AUGACAGUUCCUCAACAAUUCAAAGGUUUCGGUAUCGAUAAGGCCGAAAAUUGGAAUAAGCCACAAUUAGUUAAAUAUGAAGCCAAUCAAGUUGCAUCUCAUGAUGUUGUUUUAGAAAACAUCUGUUGUGGUUUAUGUGGUAGUGAUAUCCACACCUUGAAGGGUGCCUGGAGUCCAUUGCAAAGAAAUGAUCUCGUCGUUGGACACGAAAUCAUUGGUAAGGUUAUUGCUGUCGGUAAGGACGUCAAGGACAUCAAGGUUGGGGACAGAUGCGGUAUUGGGGCCUGCUCCAAGUCUUGUAUGGACUGUGAAAGAUGUAAAACAGACAACGAACAAUAUUGUAACAAGAAGGUUGGAACUUACAACUCCGAAGAUUUCGAUACUGGCUACAUCUCCCAAGGUGGUUACUCUUCUCAUUCUAUCGCACACGAACAAUAUGUUUUCCCAAUUCCAGAAGCAUUGGAAUCAGCCGUUGCUGCUCCAUUGAUGUGUGCUGGUUUGACCGUGUUUUCUCCAUUGGUCAGAAACCUUGGUGAAGAUGCAAAGGGUAAGACUGUUGGUAUUAUCGGUAUUGGUGGUUUAGGACACUUGGCUAUCCAAUUCGCUAAUGCUUUAGGUGCUAACGUUGUUGCCUUCUCCAGAUCAUCUUCUAAGAAGGACCAAGCCUUACAAAUGGGUGCCCACGACUUUAUUGCUACUGGUGAACAAAAGAACUGGAACACCAGCUAUGCUAAUAAGUUCGAUUUCAUCUUAAACUGUGCAUCCGGUAUUGACGGCUUAAACUUGAACGAUUACUUGUCUGUUUUGAAAGUGGAUGCUAAGUUUGUUUCUGUUGGUUUACCACCAGUUGCUGACACCUUCGAAGUUUCUCCUUUCAGUUUCAUCGGUAAUGCAUGUAGUUUCGGUUCCUCUCUACUUGGUUCCAAGAAAGAAGCUUUAUAUAUGUUGCAAUUAGCAGCUGAAAAGAACAUUAAGCCAUGGAUUGAAGAAGUUCCGAUCACCGCUGAAAGCUGUGGUACUGCUUUAACCAGAUGUGACGAAGGUGAUGUUAGAUAUAGAUUCGUCUUCACCGAAUUCGACAAGGCUUUUAAUUAG